CUGACUCCCACCGAGAAUCUUCAGUGUCCUCUCAAACUGACUGACUUGAUGGUUUCUUCAGCUACAUCAGCUAGAAGAGACCUAAUUCAUACUAAAAAUCAACAAACAUUCCAUGUUCAGCAAACAAAAUUAUUUUUUGCUUUCUGGGAAGAAAGUUCACAGUAGAAACCAAUUAUUUUUGGGAGCUGAAUCUGUUCCCUUUGAUGUCAAUGCAUAUUAGCACCAGUGGAAAGAGAAUUCAGCUUUAGGUUCUUAUAAUCCUCUCACAUAUCUGCAGUAGUUGGGAAAUAAAGGAAACAAAGUGAACUGUAGCAGUGAACCAUCACAAUAAAAACCAGAUGACCCCAGCCACCAGGCCGUGUUUGUUUUAGGUAAGUUAAGUUAAAGGAGGGGCUGAAAGGCCCAGGCAAGAGCCCAGCCAUCAGGCUUCAGACCAUCAAAUGCCAUGGAGGGUGCAGCUGGAAGUCUCCUGCUCCAGACCGCAGUGCAAUGUGUCUGUCAUCGCUCCCAGGGCACCCAGCAGCAGCAGCGCCCACCACCCCGGCCAAGGGAGCACCCAGAGAGCCCUGCCUUAUGGAGGCCCUGGACGAUCACAGCCAGAGACAGUGAGAUGACAGAGAAUCAACACAUGUCAGAACUGGAUGGUCAACUAGUAAAUUUUAGAUCAAAAGGAGCCCUGGGAUUUCAACAUCCAGUGAGACUUUAUUUGCCCAAGUCCAAAUCCCAAAAGUUUCUUAAUAACAUCGGAGAGAAGGUUCUGGCAAGUUUUCCAGUACAAGCCACAAUUCACUUCUACAAUGAUGACGCUGACUCUGAGGAAGAUGAAGAAGAAAUCAGUUCAGCCUAAGAAUGAGCAGUGGGUCAGCCUUGACAAACAAAAAAACUCAAAAGAUAAAAAAGGAACUGUCAGAAACAUACGGACAAACAUCUGACCAAAGAAAUACAUCAAAGCUCAAACUAUUUAUCCUACCAAGAAGAAUGAGUCAGUGCAACUGGAAACUAAGAGGAAAUCCUUUUGUGUUUUCAGAGACUUUUAAAUAAAACCCUGAAGCUGAA